UUUUGCAAACUAGGGCGAGACAACGCUAGACACGAAUUCAGCUCCGUAGUGAGCCACACCGGCUACUAGUGGAAGCAAUUAAGAAAAAAGGAUUCAUCUACAAAAAGACAGCCACUCCCCAAUUUUGUGAGCAUACCUCUCUUUAGCAGUGUUGAAGAAGAGUUAUUGAGCAGAUAAUCCGACCAAGAGAAUAGACGACCGGUCAACCUGAGAUUCGACGGGGGAAAGCCCGACAUCUCAUUUUCUAAACGGAAAGUACAGAUUUGUCGGGAUUAAAGCAAAUGGGACACACUGGGCCUCGAGUCUGAGUGAAGGGAACACGGUGGCGACGCUUAAAAACAAGGCAAAUCUGUUGAUGAAAACAUGAUUGUUUAUACAAAAUGAUGGUGUUAUUUCUUUUUGCUAGCUAGCAAAUUGGAGUCUGGGAUUUCAGGGGUGUAUUCAUUACCUCUUGCAACGGAAACCAUUUAUUGUUUAAGCACUAAACGGAAGUAAACGGUACACACGAAACGGGGAGGGACCUACCUGAAUUUGUCCAAUAGAAACUCGUUUUCUUUGCGAAACGUUUCCCGUUUGGAAUAAGCGGUUUGUUUCAAAACGUUUUGCAACAGACGGAACGUUUCACAACAGAAUCGGCAUAAUGAAUAAACCCCGAUGCUCCACAUUGGCAAAAUAAAUAUUUACUUUUUCGGUUGCGCUUGAAGGGAGUAGGGUUAGAUUUCUUCUACCAUACCAACUCGGAGAGCGAUUUUUCGGCAAAGAGAGUGGUAGCUAACUAGCUCAUUGAUAGAAAAAUGUCAGCGAAGGUGCGCCUGAAGAAGUUGGAGCAAUUGCUCGUGGACGGAACACAAAAGAAUGCAAGUUCACUGAGCGUCGAGACACUUCUGGAUAUAUUGAUAUGUUUGUACAACGAAUGCAGCAACUCUCCUUUAAAACGAGAGAAGCACGUGACAGACUUUCUGGAAUGGGUGAAGCCUUUCACCACAACCGUGAAGGAGAUGCGUCUGCACAGGGAAGAUUUCGAGAUGCUCAAGGUGAUUGGCAGGGGAGCAUUUGGCGAGGUUGCGGUGGUGAAGAUGAAGAACACAGAACGAGUGUACGCCAUGAAGAUCCUGAACAAAUGGGAGAUGCUGAAGAGAGCCGAGACGGCAUGUUUCCGCGAGGAGAGGAACGUUCUAGUGAACGGAGACUGCCAGUGGAUCACCACCCUCCACUACGCCUUCCAGGAUGACAACUUCCUGUACCUGGUGAUGGACUACUAUGUGGGAGGAGACCUCUUGACCCUGCUCAGUAAGUUUGAGGACCGUCUCCCAGAGGACAUGUCCAAGUUCUAUGUGGCCGAGAUGGUGCUGGCCAUCCACUCUAUACACCAACAACACUACGUCCACAGAGAUAUCAAGCCAGACAAUGUGCUGCUAGACAUGAACGGCCACAUCCGGCUGGCCGACUUUGGCUCCUGCCUGAAGAUGAUGCAGGAUGGCACGGUCCAGUCGUCUGUGGCUGUUGGCACUCCGGACUACAUUUCCCCUGAGAUCCUGCAGGCCAUGGAGGACGGCAUGGGGAAGUAUGGCCCAGAGUGCGACUGGUGGUCCCUGGGGGUCUGUAUGUACGAAAUGCUCUAUGGGGAGACGCCCUUCUAUGCCGAGUCAUUGGUGGAGACCUACGGCAAGAUCAUGAACCACGAGGAGCGUUUCCAGUUCCCCUCAAACAUCAGCGACGUGUCGGAGGAUGCCAAGGACCUGAUCUCGCGCCUCAUCUGUGGCCGCGAGCACCGCCUGGGCCAGAACGGCAUCGGUGACUUCAAGGACCACCCCUUCUUUGCUGGCAUCGACUGGGAUCACAUCCGCUCCACCGAGGCGCCCUACAUCCCCGACGUCAGCUCCCCAUCUGACACCUCCAACUUCGACGUGGAUGACGAUAUUCUUAAAAACCCGGACAUUGCCCCUCCAGUUACGCACACCGGCUUCACUGGCCAGCACCUGCCCUUCGUGGGCUUCACCUACACCACGGACAGCUGCUUCUCGGACAGCGGCAGCGUCAACAGAGCCGGCCUGUUCGAUGGGGGUUUCCAGGAGGGGGGAGGAGGAAAGGGGGGUCCCAGGGACCAGGAGGUGGAGCUGGAGGUGGAGGCUUUCGAGAGGAGGAUCCGCCGGCUGGAGCAGGAGAAGCUGGAGCUGAGUCGCAAGCUGCAGGAGUCCACUCAGGCUGUGCAGUCUCUCCAUGGGCCGGGCCGCGGGGCUGGCACCCUGGGCCGAGACAAGGAGAUGAAGAAGCUCAACGAGGAGAUCGAGAGGCUCAAGAAGAAACUUGAAGACUCUGAUAGGCUGGAGCACCAGCUGGAGGAGGCGGUGACACUGCGCCAGGACUAUGAGAGCUCCUCCUCCAAGCUGAAAACCCUGGACAAGCAGGUCAAAGCCCUGAGACAGGAGAAGGAGGAGAUCCACAAGCAACUGGUGGAGUCCCUGGAGCGCCUCAAGUCCCAGACCAAGGAGCUGAAGGAGGCCCAUAGCCAGCGGAAGCUGGCCCUGCAGGAGUUCUCUGAGCUGAGUGAGCGCAUGGCAGAGCUGCGCUCCACCAAGCAACGCCUCUCGCGCCAGCUCCGCGACAAGGAGGAGGAGAUGGACGCUGCUGUGCAGAAGGUGGAUGCAAUGCGCCAGGACAUCCGCAAGACCGAGAAGGCUCGCAAGGAGUUGGAGGCCCAGUUGGAGGAUGCCAAGGCGGAAGUGUCUAAGCAGCAUAAGCUGCGCGAGCACAGCGAGGUCUACUCCAAACAGCUGGAGAUGGAGCUGGAGACCCUGAAGGUGAAGCAGCUGGGCUGCGCGCGCGGCAGCGGAAGCAGCAGCCCAGAGUUGCUUCAGGAGCUGUCCAAGGUGAAGUCGGAGCUGGACAAGAAGGUGCUGUUCUACGAAGAGGAGCUGGUGCGCCGCGAGGCCUCCCACACCAGCGAGCUCAAGGGCCUCCGGAAGGAGCUCCACGACUCGGAGGGUCAGCAGUUCUCCCUUCACAAACAGCUGCUCGUGCUCAAGGACAAGCUGGAGAAAGCCAAGAAAGAGAGGCAAACCGAGAUGGACGAGGCAGUGGGCGCUCUGAAGGACAAGUACGAGCGUGAGCGCAGCAUGCUGACCGAGGACAACUGCAAACUGACCGCAGAGACCGACCGGAUGUGUACGUUUGUGGACAAGCUGACCGAUCAGAACCGUCAGCUGGAGGACGAGCUGCAGGACCUGGCCUCUAAAAAGGAGAGUGUGGCUCACUGGGAGGCCCAAAUAGCUGAGAUCAUCCAGUGGGUGAGUGAUGAGAAGGACGCCCGCGGCUACCUGCAGGCCUUGGCCUCCAAGAUGACAGAGGAGCUGGAGUCACUCCGCAGCUCCAGCCUGGGCUCCAGACCCCUGGACCCCCUGUGGAAGGUGCGUCGCAGCCAGAAGCUGGACAUGUCGGCCCGUCUGGAGCUGCAGUCGGCCCUGGAUGCCGAGAUUCGGGCCAAGCAACUAGUCCAGGAGGAGCUCCGCAAGUUCAAGGCCGCCAACAUCUCAUUUGAAAGCAAACUGAAGGAUUCCGAGUCCAGGAGCAGAGAGAUGGCAGAGCAGCUGGAGAGCAUGAAGAAGGACUUGGAGGAGAGCCGCUCCCGCUCUGACAAAGGGAUGAAACUGCCUGAUUUCCAGGACUCCAUUUUCGAGUACUUCAAUACCUCUCCCCUGGCCCACGACCUGACGUUCAGAGACUCGGUCUCUUCCUCGUCCGCGUCCGCGUCCUCUCUGCUAGCGUUUUGGGAUGAUAGCAGCUCUGUCAGCGAAAUAGACGCCACACCCCAGAAGUCAGACGUCCCAUCCUCAUCAAUCUCUGUGGCAUCCGAGCAGGAUAAGCCAGUCCACAAGCCCCCUGUUGCUGCCCCUGCCGCCCCCUCCCCUGUAUAUCAGACGUCGCUGCUGACCACACCAAAGCCCAAAGCUCACCAGCUGAGCAUCAAGACCUUCUCCAGCCCCACCCAGUGCACCCACUGCACCUCCCUGAUGGUGGGCCUCAUCCGCCAGGGCUACGCCUGCGAAGUGUGCUCCUUCAUCUGCCACGUGUCCUGUAAGGACAACGCCCCCCUGGUGUGCCCCAUCCCCCCCGAGCAGGCCAAGAGGCCGCUGGGCAUCGACGUACAGAGGGGCAUCGGCACCGCCUACAAGGGCUUCGUCAGGAUCCCCAAGCCCACCGGGGUGAAGAAGGGCUGGCAACGGGCGUACUCUGUGGUGUGUGACUGUAAGCUCUUCCUGUACGAGGUGCCUGAGGGCAAGUCCACCCAGCCGGGCGUGGUGGCCAGUCAGGUCCUGGACCUCAGAGAUGAGGAGUUUUCCGUCAGCUCCGUCCUGGCCUCAGACGUCAUCCACGCCACCCGCAAAGACGUCCCCUGCAUAUUCAGGGUGACGUCGUCCCUGCUGAGCUCGCCAGUGUGCGCCGUCUCCCUACUGGUGCUGGCGGAGAGCGAGGCGGAGAAGAGGAAGUGGGUUGGCAUCCUGGAGGGCCUGCAGAGCAUCCUGGCCAAGAACCGCCUCAAGAACCGUGUGGUGCACGCGCUGCACGAAGCCUAUGACUCGUCACUGCCCGCCAUCAAGACUACGAUCUCCGCCGCCAUCAUCGAUCGAGAGCGUAUCGCCCUGGGCACAGAGGAAGGUCUGUUUGUAGUGGAGGUCACCAGAGAUGUGAUCGUGCGGGCAGCUGACUGCAAGAAGGUGCACCAGAUCGAGCUGAUCCCAAAAGAGAAGAUGGUGGCCCUGCUGUGCGGACGCAACCGCCACGUGCACCUGCACCCCUGGGGGGUGCUGGAGGGGGCUGAGUCGGCCUUUGACAUCAAGCUGACGGAGACCAAGGGCUGCCAGGCGCUGACCACCGGUGUGCUGCGCCCCGGGGGACCCGCCUGCCUGCUGGCCGCCAUCAAGCGCCAGGUGCUGUGCUAUGAGAUCACCCGGGCCAAGCCGCACCACCGCAAGCUGUGGGAGGUGCAGGCCCCGGGGGUGGCCCAGUGGCUGGGCAUGGUGCGUGAACGCCUGUGCGUGGGCUACCCCUCGGGCUUCGCCCUGCUGGCCCUCCAGGGCGAGUCAUCGCCCGUAAGUCUGGUGAGCCCUGGGGACCCGUCGUUGGCCUUCCUGGCCCAGCAGCCCUUGGACGCGCUGCAUGCCCUGGAGGUGGGCACGGCCGAGCUGCUGCUCUGCUUCAGCCAGCUAGGCAUCUAUGUAGACCCCACGGGAAGGAGGAGCAGGGCCCAGGAGCUGAUGUGGCCCGCCACACCGCUAGCCUGCAGCUCCAACUCGUCUUACCUGACAGUGUACAGCGAGUACGGAGUGGAUGUAUUUGACAUCCACACCACCGAGUGGGUCCAGACCAUUUCACUGAGGAAGAUAAGGCCUCUGAAUGUGGAGGGCAGUCUGAACCUGCUGGGCUCCGAACAACCACGCCUCAUCUACUUCAGCAACAACUCCACAGAAGGUGACCUGGCUAUCCCGGAGACGUCUGACAACAGUAAGAAGCUGAUGGUGAGGACGCGCAGCAAGAGAAAGUUCCUCUUCAAGGUUCCCGAGGAAGAGAGACUUCAGCAGAGGAGAGAGAUGCUGAGGGACCCAGAGCUGAGGUCCAAGAUGAUCUCCAACCCAAUCAACUUCAACCACGUGGCACACAUGGGCCCCGGCGACGGAAUGCAGGUCCUCAUGGAUCUGCCUCUGAGUGUGAUGCAUUCUUCUCAGGACGACCCGACCAAGGAUAAGCCCCGCCCACUAUCCAGUAUCUCCCGGCAACAGAGGAGCAAGACCCACAUCACCCGCACGGCCUCUGGAGGUGCAGACUUUGGAGGAGCAGGAUCGUCUCGGAACAUCUCCGACCCAGACGGGGACUUUGAGAGAGAGCCGGACUCUGACUCCACCAAGCACUCCACCCCCUCCAACAGCUCCAACCCCAGCAGCCCCCCCAGCCCCAACUCCCCCCACCGCAGCCAGCUAACACUGGACGGUCUGGAGCACACCCUGGAUGGCUGAGGACCCCACCACCAGACACACACACACCCCAUACACCUUACACACACACACACACACACACAUAAUAUGUGCUACAUUCGACAUAGAACUUGUGUAUCGCUGCAAAAGUGCCAAGAACAGACUGUCCCCCCCCCAC